CCGAGGCGCGACGCGGCACUUCUCCGCACACGCACACGGAGCCAUGAGGAGCCACGUUGCCACCAGCUGCCUCGUGGCCUGGCUGUGUGUGCUGAUCUCUGGAUGCCUGGGCCAGGUGAACCGACUGCCCUUCUUUAUCAACCACUUCUUCGACACGUACCUGCUGAUCAGCGAGGACACGCCUGUGGGUUCCUCUGUGACCCAGUUGCUGGCCCGAGACAUGGACAAUGACCCCCUGGUGUUUGGUGUGUCUGGGGAGGAGGCCUCCCGCUUUUUUGCCGUGGAGCCUGACACAGGUGUGGUGUGGCUGCGGCAGCCACUGGACAGAGAGACCAAGUCUGAGUUCACAGUGGAGUUCUCUGUCAGCGACCAUCAGGGGGUGAUCACGCGGAAGGUGAACAUCCAGGUCGGGGACGUGAAUGACAAUGCACCCACAUUUCACAAUCAGCCCUACAGCGUCCGCAUCCCUGAGAACACGCCGGUGGGGACGCCCAUCUUCAUUGUGAAUGCCACGGACCCCGACCUGGGCGCGGGCGGCAGCGUCCUCUACUCCUUCCAGCCCCCUUCCCUGUUCUUCGCCAUCGACAGCGCCCGCGGCAUUGUCACGGUGGUCCGGGAGCUGGACUACGAAACGACGCAGGCCUACCAGCUCACUGUCAACGCCACGGAUCAAGACAAGACCAGGCCUCUGUCCACCCUGGCCAACUUGGCCAUCAUCAUCACAGAUGUCCAGGACAUGGACCCCAUCUUCAUCAACCUGCCUUAUAGCACUAACAUCUAUGAGCAUUCUCCUCCGGGCACAACGGUGCGAGUUAUCACUGCCAUUGACCAGGAUAAAGGACGUCCCCGGGGGAUUGGCUACACUAUCGUCUCAGGGAAUACCAACAGCAUCUUCGCCCUGGACUACAUCAGCGGAGCGCUGACCUUGAACGGCCUGCUGGACCGGGAGAACCCCCUGUACAGCCACGGCUUCAUCCUGACGGUGAAGGGCACAGAGCUGAAUGAUGACCGCACCCCGUCCGAUGCCACAGUCACCACAACCUUCAACAUCCUGGUUAUUGACAUCAAUGACAAUGCCCCAGAGUUCAACAGCUCUGAAUACAGCGUGGCCAUCACCGAGCUAGCGCAGGUCGGCUUUGCCCUGCCCCUCUUCAUCCAGGUGGUGGACAAGGAUGAGAAUCUGGGCCUGAACAGCAUGUUUGAGGUGUACCUGGUGGGGAACAACUCUCAGCACUUCAUCAUCUCCCCCACAUCUGUCCAAGGGAAAGCGGACAUUCGCAUCCGGGUGGCCGUCCCCCUGGACUAUGAGACCGUGGACCGCUACGACUUUGACCUCUUUGCCAAUGAGAGUGUGCCUGACCACGUGGGCUAUGCCAAGGUGAAGAUCACCCUCAUCAAUGAGAAUGACAAUCGGCCCAUCUUCAGCCAGCCACUGUACAACGUCAGCUUGUACGAGAACGUCACCGUGGGGACCUCCGUGCUGACAGUCCUGGCAACAGACAACGACGUGGGCACCUUCGGGGAAGUCAACUACUUCUUCAGCGAUGACCCUGACCGGUUCUCCCUGGACAAGGACACAGGACUCAUCAUGCUGAUCGCCAGACUGGACUAUGAGCUCAUCCAGCGCUUCACCUUGACCGUCAUCGCCCGGGAUGGGGGUGGUGAGGAGACCACAGGCCGGGUCAGGAUCAACGUGUUGGACGUCAACGACAACGUGCCCACCUUCCAGAAGGACGCCUACGUGGGGGCCCUGAGAGAGAACGAGCCUUCCGUCACACAGCUGGUGCGGCUCCGGGCAACAGAUGAAGACUCACCUCCCAACAACCAGAUCACCUACAGCAUCGUCAAUGCCUCCGCCUUUGGCAGCUACUUCGACAUCAGCGUGUAUGAGGGCUAUGGAGUGAUCAGCGUAAGCCGUCCUCUGGAUUAUGAACAGAUCCCCAACGGGCUGAUUUAUCUGACAGUCAUGGCCAAGGACGCUGGCAACCCCCCUCUGAACAGCACUGUCCCUGUCACCAUCGAGGUGUUUGAUGAGAACGACAACCCGCCCACCUUCAGCAAGCCUGCCUACUUCGUCUCUGUGGUGGAGAACAUCAUGGCAGGGGCCACAGUGCUGUUCCUGAAUGCCACGGACCUGGACCGCUCCCGGGAGUACGGUCAGGAGUCUAUUAUCUACUCCUUGGAGGGCUCCUCCCAGUUUCGGAUCAAUGCCCGCUCAGGUGAAAUUACCACCACCUCCCUGCUUGACCGUGAGACCAAGUCUGAAUACAUCCUCAUCGUACGGGCAGUGGAUGGGGGCGUGGGCCACAACCAGAAAACCGGCAUUGCCACCGUGAACAUCACCCUCUUGGACAUCAACGACAACCACCCCACCUGGAAGGACGCCCCCUACUACAUCAACCUGGUGGAGAUGACCCCGCCAGACUCGGAUGUGACCACGGUGGUGGCCGUGGACCCGGACCUGGGAGAGAACGGCACCCUCGUGUACAGCAUCCAGCCACCCAACAAGUUCUACAGCCUCAACAGCAGCACGGGCAAGAUCCGCACCACCCACGUCAUGCUGGAUCGGGAGAACCCCGACCCCCACGAGGCGGAGCUGAUGCGCAAGAUUAUCAUCUCCGUCACUGACUGUGGCAGGCCCCCUUUGAGAGCCACCAGCAGUGCCACAGUGUUUGUGAACCUCUUGGACCUCAAUGACAAUGACCCCACAUUCCAGAAUUUGCCUUUCGUGGCUGAGGUACUGGAAGGCACCCCGGCGGGGGUCUCUGUCUACCAGGUGGUGGCCAUCGACCUGGACGAGGGCCUGAACGGGCUGGUGUCCUACCGCGUGCAGGUGGGCAUGCCCCGCGUGGACUUCGCCAUCAACAGCAGCAGCGGUGUGGUGGUCACCACCGCUGAGCUGGACCGCGAGCGCAUUGCCGAGUACCAGCUGCGCGUGGUGGCCACUGAUGCCGGCACACCCACCAAGAGCUCCACCAGCACGCUUACCAUCCGAGUGCUGGACGUGAACGACGAGACCCCCACCUUCUUCCCGGCUGUGUACAACGUAUCAGUGUCCGAGGACGUGCCUCGGGAGUUCCGGGUGGUCUGGCUGAACUGCACUGACAACGACGUGGGCCUCAAUGCCGAGCUCAGCUACUUCAUCACAGGUGGAAAUGUGGACGGGAAGUUCAGCGUGGGCUACCGCGAUGCCGUGGUAAGAACAGUAGUAAGCCUGGACCGGGAGACUGCAGCCGCUUACACACUCGUCCUGGAGGCCAUCGGUACGCACCGGCCCUACCUGCGCACCGCCGGCACGGUCCUGGGCACAGUUCAACGCGGCGCCCUUCCAGAGCCAGGCGGGCCGGACCCCAGGAGCCAGGCCUUGAGCUGAAGUCCUUG